AAAAAAAAAAAAAAACUGAGGCACCCAUAGAGGCAAGUUUUACUGCCACUCUUAACUUCACAAAGCAACCUCACUUAGAAAAGAAAAUUUUGUGGGAGCAUUUUAAUCCAUAAAGUUGCCCUAUGGUUACAUAAGGAUUUUUCUGAAAAAAGAAGCAUGUCAGGAAACGUUGGGUGCCACUUUCUUGUCUGGGGACUUAUAGCCUUACUGGGUUUGGCUCUGGUGAUAUCAUUGAUCUUCAAUAUUUCUCAUUACGUGGAAAAGCAGCGACAAGAGAAAUUGUACAGGUACUCCGAUGACUACAUUCCCAGGGAUGAUGAAUAUUAUAUUGAAGACACACCAAUUUAUGGUAAUUUAGAUAAUGUGGUCCCAGAACCAACAGAUGAAAAUUGCUAUGAGCAAAUGAAAGCCCGGCCAGAGAGAUCGGUGAAUAAACGGCAAGAAGCCUCCAUUCCUGCACAGGCCGCCUCGGACACGCAGAUGUGCUACGCCUCCCUGAACCACAGCGCGAAGGGGAAGCCGAGAAGGCCCCGGAAACAGGCUGCUCCCGCGGCGCAGAACGACGAAGACGGUGCCAGCGCUUCUGAGGCCGCUUUGCUGGACAGUCUGGCCCCGGAAAGCCAGGCCACAGAGGAAAACAUUCACGAUGACCCCAUCAGACUGUUCGGGUUGAUUCGAGCCAAGAAAGAUCCUAUACAUUAGCGGGACUGUGAUCCAGCUUACUGGUUCGGCUCUUAUUGGAGGUGAUCGUUAAAGAAAACAGGGUCCCCCCGCGACACAGGGCCGUUUGUGGGUGGGAUGCGGUCCACCUUUCACCCACAGCACCUAAGACUGCACAACAAAUGCAGUGCCGUGAAAACUAGCUAUUUGAAUUCCUUAAAAAUUGCCUAAAUUUUAAAAUGUAAAGUAAAAUCGAGUUUGCAAGUCGAGCCUGUAAAGCAAGUCACGACUUCGUCAACAACACUUUACACUCAGGGGAACAAACAUUUUUAUUUUAAGCGUAGGUACAUUCUGGAACACACCGGAAGGGAAAGAAAAGUCAACAAUUUUUUGUUGUUGUUAAAUUUCUCACCAACGUGAAGUGCUCCCUAAUUGGAAGACAGAAGGUGUGGGGACAUUAAGUCACAUUACCGAGAAGCGAAGCGGGUCGUCUUCUCAGGGUUUUUUCUUUCUCUCUCUUUCUCUCUCCCUCUCCCUCUCCCUCUCUCCCUCCCUCCUUCCUUCCUUCCUUUCUUUCUUUCCAAAUGGAAAUAACUUUAUUAGUUUUAAAAUGUUUUGUGAAAAUAAUGCAUGUUCUUUGGAACAACUAGACAAAUAUCAAAAAGAAUUUUAAAAUGCCAAUAGCCAGAGGUAAUCACAAUUAGCAGUUUUUUAUGUAUCUUUCUAGAUGUUUGGAAACCCUGAGGGCCUAGUGGUUGAGAGCUAGAGCUGCUAACCAAAAGGCUGGCAGUUUGAAUCCACCAGGCGCUCCCUGGAAACCACGUAGGGCAGCUCUACUCUGUGCUAUAGGGCCUCUGUGAGUCGCAAUCAACUCCUUGGCAACAGGUUUGUUUGUUUGUUUGGGUUUUUAGGUAUUUUUCCUAGCACGUCCCUGCACAUACAUCAGUUGCUUCAUUGUUUUUAUAAAAGAAAAGGGGGGGGGUAUUAUUUUAUAUGUAUUAUUUAAAUUUUUUUCACUUAACAAUACAUUGAGGAUUUACUUCUACAGUUACAUUUAAGUAUAGCUAUAGUUUUAUAUCAUAAUUUUUGAAGUCUUCAGAGCAUCCCAAUGAUGGUUAUACCAGAUUUAUUUAAAUAAUUUUGAAAUACAAUUAGCUUGUUUCCAACUUCUCUUUUUUGCUUUUUCAAAUAACCUUGCCAUGACCAUCCUUUUCCACACAUUUGGGUACUUGUCUGGCUUCUUUAGACUAAAUGCUUAGAAAAGGAAUUGAUCGCUGCAUUAAAAGGUGUUCAUAUUUUGAAGUUCUUCCCAUAAUGUACCUCCAGAAAAUUCGAAGCAAUUUACAUUUUCUCUAAUACUUUAAGAGAAUAUCUAAUUUCCCACACUUAUGCAAACAAAGCUUAUUUCUUUUCUAGCAUACCCAUUCCUAUUUGCCAAUUUUAACUACGUAUUUCUUAAUUUACUGAUAAAGUUAAUUGUUUUUCCAUAUGUUUAUUGACCAUUCGUAAUUCUUCUUUUGUGAAUUGCCUAUUCACAUCCAUUUCUAUUUUUCUCAUAGAUUCUUUUUCUUAUUAAUUUGUGAGAGUUCUUUACAUAUUAAGGAUAUUAACAUAUUAUCUACAAAAAUGUUGAUCUUUUUCUCUUAGUCAUUUGUAUUUUGAAUUUUUUUUUCUUUUUUUUUU